AACAAUCGCGGGUUUAAACACUCAAGGGAAUAUAUCGGAAUCGUUCGAACUUCAGUAAAACAUUAACCUGCACAAUUUUCCGGAAUUAGAAGAAUGAAUUACGGAAGCUGGAAGUUGCCAGACUUGAAGACAGAGCUGAAGGCACGGGGUGCAAGAGUGUCCGGACGAAAAAUCGACCUAAUUGAACGACUCGAGAGCUAUGACCGCAACUGUAAUUUUGGGAGGGAGCCAGAACUUGAACCUGAGUUUGAAAUGACACUGCCUUUGGUUGACACAUAUAAGGAUGUUAAUAGUGACAGCAAGCUCCCAUUCUUAGCUUAUGAGUCCAUUCAUUCUUAUCUACAACCAUUUAAAAAGAAACUUGGUAUGAGUGCAAAGAAUCUCUACACCAGUAGGUUCUUGAAGUAUGUCCGAUUUUCAAAUCACAUUGACAGUAAUAUGUAUUUCCUCAAAUCUGAAUGCCAUGCUGAAAUGAAGAAGCAUGUAACGUACAAGGUUGAUGUAGCAAUUGAUGAGGAUGGUUCUGUUGUGGAGGGGCAAUGCGAGUGCGCUGCAGGCCAGGGUCCCUCGGGACAUUGCAAGCACAUUUGUGCAGUAUUAUUUGCUAUGCACACAUUUUCAACAACAGGUGACUUGCUAACAGAAGAAACCUGUACACAAAGAUUACAAACCUUUCAUAAAAGCAAACCCUAUACAGGCAGCCCAAUUAAGGCAGCUGAUCUUGACUUGUGUAACAGUGAACUGGGCGUUAUAUUUGAUCCCCGACCAGUGAAAUAUCGCAAAGUCACAAAUUAUCCUGACUAUUUCCGCAAUGUGUGGUUAAACCACCCUUGUGUUAAUACCUUACCAGUUUCUCAAAUGUUUCCUCCAGCAGAUCCGUUUGCUGUUAAUCAUGAUCAUGACUAUCUUGAAUUAAGUUCAGCUGAUCAAUACUUAAAAUCUCAGAAUAUAUCAGAAAUAUCUGAUGUUGACAAAAGCAACAUUGAAAUACUUACCCGUAAACAGUCGAAGAGCGAGGACUGGAGAACUGAACACACAAAGAGAAUUUCUUCAUCCAAUUUUGGUAAAAUUUGUUUGGCAUCAGACAAAACUGACUUUCAUAAACUUGCUCGAACAAUGACCGAGCCUUUUGAGGACAUUCAGAGUCCACCACUAAGACAUGGGAGAAAAUAUGAAAAGGUGGCAAUAAAAGCUUUCCAAAAGUCAAGUGGUUGCAAAACCUCACCAUGUGGCAUGUUUGUGUCGGAUGUUCAUCCAUUCCUCGCAGCUUCUCCAGAUGCAAUUCUUGGAGAUGAUACCACUGUUGAGGUGAAAUGUCCAUUUGCUUCUAAGGACCGUGUAAUCUCUGAGAUAACUGUUCCCUAUUUGAAAGUAUCUGAUGGCAAACUGACCCUCGACACCAGCAGACCAUAUUUCUUUCAAGUGCAAGGGCAGCUCUACUGUACUGGUAAUUCAGAUGAUAUGCACAAGGACCCAAACUUGCAAGUACAAAAGUGA